AUGCAAAUGGAGCUUGCGACGGCCCCGGUCAUUGGUGAAACAGGAGCCACCCUGCCAAUCUCACAGACUUUUUGGAUUCCUGACCUGGUCAAGCUUGCGACAGCGUUGCCAUCUUCUGGAAGCCACGGGAAUCCCAGGAAACUCAUCUUGCCGACGCCAACUGUGCGCGUAGCUCAAACCCUAUCCAUGUUUGACCUCUUCUGCAACUCCCGCUUGAGAGCUUCAGUCGAGCCGAGUGACGAGUCUUCCGGCAGCUAG